AUGCCAUUUAUGGACCAAAUGGUAAGCAGGUCUUCAUGACGUAACAUGACGAUUUAUUUGUCUAUUCUGUCAUAUUUUUUAUUUCUUACACAAAAAUAUUAAACCAACUUUAAAUUUGAGUGAUAGUCUUUGUAUUACACCUCGCAUUGACUUCCUAUUUACUUUCCGAAGUUUAUUUUCUACAUGAUUGUGCUUGCGUUGGCGUGCGCUCGGUCUAUAUCUCAUAACCAGUGAUUCAUUGGAUCGUUGAAUCAAAAGAAACUUGAACUUUGAGCUCAAAAGACGUCAUUAUAAAGAUAUUACAUAAAAAUAAUCUGCUACGUCACACUCUUGAGUCUUUUAAACUUUAAUACGUUUAGUAUAUCAUAACCUUCUCUCUCCUCGUGUUUUUGCCAGUUUCUUUCAAUUUCAUGAUAAUAUAAACUUCACAAUCGUUGACAAUAAAAGUCAACCCCGCCAAUCUAACAGAGCAUCCAGAAGGUCGCUAAGCCCUUCCUAAUCCUAUUAUAUUCCGUCCCCGGUCCAAUUCAUUCUCACCGUCCCUAGCCUUGAUUUCCCGAGGCUAUUCAUACAUUCCCCGUUGGAUCACACGUUGUUUACAGUACCUUAGAAGCCGUUAGAAGCAUUUCUCUUAUCAUCCACCACAUUGUUUGAUUGAGAUGUUUUUUGUCUUCAACUUUUUUAAAACUCAUAAAUCUUGGGGGGUUUUCCGCGAGUCCCCUCAGGUGUGUUUGCUUUACCUGAUCGCACUUUACUGCGCACCCGAGUCAAGUAUUGAUUUCACCCAUCUAUUUUAUGAUUAUUACAGGCAAUUAGUUUAGGUUCGAGAGACUAAUAAAUUUUGAGAGAAAGGGCAUCUGAUUGUUGCAUUAGCGGUGACUUGUUAGAUGUGAUAUGUACCAAGCGGCAUGAACGGGUAUACGGUAAGUAGAGACGUGGUUCGUAUGUCAUGAGAGUUGGCAAGUGAGAAAGUUUCAUAGUCGAUAUAAAAUAAUUUUUUUGAAUAUAUUUUAGAUCUUAUCUUAUUCAUACCUCUUUUAGCUAAUUUUGUUCUGUAAACAUUGACCUAUCCUUGCUACUCCUUAAAAGCAAACAACUCUUCCUCUUCUUAUUUCCAUUCAUCGAUAGCAGUUACAACCUCAAUCCCAGCGAAAACCAGCCACAUUUCAACCCGACUUUCGACCCAAUAUAUUCCAUUUUGAUUUCUUUUUUUUGCACCGUGCAAAGUUUUAAAGCGAUCGCUGGACACAAAGACUUUUUUAUUGUCCGAUUGAAUUUGCUUUAAGGGUGCAUUCAACCGUUAUAAAACCAAAUCUUUGCUUUUCCAAUCAAUUUCGGGACAAAUCGAUCACUUUUCCCAUUUCACAUUAGAAAUGUAUUAAUUGGCGUUGGCAUCGCUAAAUGUAAACAGGGUAUCCUUCUGAUGCCACGUCUUUCCGCCGUCUUUCGCUGUCUGCUGAUCGUCGGCUUUCCCAAACUCUUUUGUUUUAUCAUCCGCAACCUAAAUCGCCAUGGUUACGCCACAGGAUGAUUUAUAUGAAGGUCGUUUUGGUAGUAAACCCAUAAAUUAUGGUAUCUUCGACGAUCAUUUACAGACGCUGAUCAGAAGACGCUAAAACCUGCAAAAAAGACGACAAAAAGGGAGCCUCUUAAUGAGUAAUGUCCACAAACUCUCGGACAUUGCGGUUUAAAUGUCCAAAGACUCGCCGCCCGCUCUUCCACAUCAAAGAAGGGUUCAGAGCGCACAAGUCAUGGUCUCCCUCGCCCUUCAAUGACCCCUCCGUUCGGAGAUCUGGGGUAUCUCGCCGCAAAAUCCAUGAAAAAAGGGUUCAAAGCGCGACUUUUUCCCUUUCCCCUCUGUCGUCUCGCUUCCGGCGCACUCUCUUCCCUCGGGUCUUUUUCCCGAAGCUGAAGGCGAUUGUGGGGCGAAGACACGGCCGGCUCCCUUCGGGUCUCUUUUCCUCAGUACUUACUCGUGUUCUUCAAUUUGAGGGCCUUUCUUAUCACAAUUAAUGACUCAUUAUUCCCACGGAUUCUUCUUCAGAUCCAUAUUUGAUUGGAUUCUUGGGAGUGUCCGGCUAGACCGGGUCAUUUCUUCUUCCACCUGUUCCUCUUCCGUUUUCGGGGGGUUUGGAAAAAAUAUCGGGCCAUAAAUGUCAGAUAUAAUGCCUUUUCUUUUAUGACGACGACUUGUCUUAUACUAUAUACUUACUAACCAGCAAAACUCUGGUUCUGUUUUUAUUCCCAUAUGAAUAAGAUCAAAGUUUUCAGAGAGGUCUGAGAACUUGGUUUGCAAUGAAUAAUAUUCCUCGAAUUUGGUCUCCUCCUGAUCUUCAGACACUUUUGAUUGUUUUUAUAAAUUGUUUUCCUUUCAUACAUCUAGAAUACAGGUUUCUUGACUUUCUAAAUUGUUUGGUUUGCAAACGAAAAAAAGGGUUUUUAACAAUGUUUCAGUUUGAGGUAGGCCAGCUUAACGAUAUAAUCGUUAACACGUAACCCAAAGUAAAUAGUAGUACUUGUCUUCCAGAAUCUCUGCCAAUUAGAAUCUCUCCGUUCCUUUUUGUUCCCACCUGCUUUGCAGAAACUUUUUAAUUUCGACUUUUAUUCUCCGUAAAAGCCCUCAGGCCCUGGGAAUUUAUAGAAAAUCGACAAUUAUUGCGUCCACAUUUUUUGUUUCUUCCGCUCUUUUUUCCUAUUUAUGAAAAGCUCAAAACAAAGAAGAUACGUCACUCUGAUAAGUCCUUCCCAAACUUUUGACUUGGCCAUGUGUCUGGCCAAGCUGGAGAUUUGAUGAGGUCGGGGGAGGCGAAUAAUCGCCCUAUUAUUUAUAUGUUGGUAUAGGUGUUUCAGACAAGCUUUUUGAAGAUUUCGAAACUUCAAACCGUUGAAUCUACGUUUGUUGAGCAAUCCUGGUCUUCCACAGUAUUUGUUAUUUCAAAAUAACUAUGAUUCCAAAGUUUUUCCCUCAAAUAUCAUCUGAAUCUGCAUCGUCUACAUUCAUCGUUGCGUAAACAGUGACGAAUUUCUGGAUGAUUUCUUUUUUAUCUUCCUUUCCCAUAGGCAUCUUCGUCCUUCUUAUUAGAUUUCCUUCCUUAGUAUUACUUUUACGGCCUCCUAAACAGUAUUGUAAUCUUAAGGAACCGAAAAUCGAUAUCUCCUUCAUUUCGCGUACAGAAGAGCGCAAUAAAAAGUGUUUUCGGUCAUAGCCUUUCCCUCUGCUCUCCGUCUAAUGCGACGAUCUGCUGGAGAGAGUAAAAUUACGUGACGGACUGUUUGCGUUGCUUCUCGCCUCCGGACAAAUCGAUCAUCGCCUUGAAAACCCCUUGAACCAUGUGAUGAACCGAUAAAAGAUCCGGCGAAUCGAAUGUAAACAUUGGUCAGUAAUAAGACAAACAUGCUGUCCAUGUUGUCCUGUUUGUUUGUCGCCGACCGAACCGGUUCGGCUCGCCGGAUCUCUUUAAUGCCCUGAGGUCUUUCUCUUUGUGUUGUUGCCGCUCCAACGUUUUUCCAUAAGAAUUGUUUAAUCGCUGUUUCCAUCGCCUAAAUCUCUUCAUCUGUUUUGCAGAUCUCGCGCUCUCAAUUCGCCCUUAAUCCCACCGAGGACUUGUCAAACAAUUGGAAGUCGCCGUUGUCGCUGGUCACCUCAAAAUGUAAGCAAUUUGAAUAUGGAUGUGUUACAGUAGGCGGUGGGUAAAUGUGUCAAACAAGAUGACGAUAAAUCAAGAUGACAGAUGUCACGUGUGUUCGGAUCGCGAGUCGCAACCGGGUUUUCGUAGCGUUUUAUCGGUUUUUAAACAAGUUUUACUGCCAGUGCGAUCCACCGUAUGACCUAUGGCAUAUGUUUUUGAGAGUAUAGCUUUAGGCUUUAAAAGUUCCCAGCAUCGCGUAAGAUUCCUUCAAUUUACGACUACUCAUUACAAGGCUCGAGCACAGUGCGUGUAAUUACAAAAAAGAACGGCUCCAUUUCCAGCGAACAUAGUAAAACGACCUUGUUUUUUCCUUCUCUCUCUCUCCCUGCUGACCUAUUAUUAAAUAAAUCUGAAUCUACGCUGCGACGACGUUGACGGCGCUCCCAUCGUAAAAUAGGAGUCGCCGGCUCUGGACCGCCAAAAAAGCGUAAAUCAGGCUUGAAGACUUCGCUUAAUGGAACGAUCAAUUAGCGGGGAUAUUUCAUUUGACCUCGGCGUUCGUUACCGUAUAUCGGCCGUCCUUUCAAAUUAAUUAAAAUCCUAGCAGGGGAUGGGAACUUGGAACUGACUGAGGUCGUUUUUUCAGAUGCCUUUGGUUCACGUGUCAUGAGUUCAAACGAUUCGCUCAACAUGGAACAUAAUCAGCACAGUCAUGAUACUGUGAGUGCUUGUUUUGAAGCUAAAUACCCCUUUGAUAAUUAACUUCCUUAUCAAACUUAUUUCAGUCCGACCAGCGAGUCUAUGGGUCAGUCCUCGCGUCUCCGGCAGUCAGUCGAAGAGAUUUUGGUCCUCCCCAGCCAGCUUAUGCCAUGCCUAGCCAAGCACCUCAACCCGGCAAGAUGUUGGUAGACCCUCAAACCGGACAACAUUACUUUGUCCCCACUGCUCCUCAGCCUCAUGUUGCUUACUAUCCCGUCUUUUACAACGCCCCUCCUCAGAGUUCCCAGCCUGUUUACUACCCUCAUCAUCCUCCAGCUGGCUACAUGAUGAGUGCUCCACCAAUGCCCUCGCCUACAGUCCAAAACCAGCCUUAUUAUUUCCCGCCAACGUACAAUCAACAAGGCUCCAUGGGUAACUUCUCGCAGAGUUUUGGCCAUCCUCCGAGUUCCAGUCAAGGGUAUCGAGUUGAAGUUCCUCCAAGUUCGUCUGUCAGCAUUUGUGGAGAAAGAGUAAGUAAACAUUUCAUAUUCUUAUCUGUUGUUUAGGAAAGUCCCACGCAAUAUUUCCAAAGACAUCAUGAAUCUCGACUCUCCACAGAGUCCACAAACAGCAGCAACAGUCGACAUUAUGUUCAGAACUAUGUCGAUGGAGCCAAAACAGAUGAUUCUAUGUCUCCAGUACCUCAGAAAUCUCAGCACCAUAACAUCACCCCACCCACCGCUUCAUCCAAUCAUGCCAUGGAUAAUUCUGCUCGGUAUAGCACCACUUCUUCAUCAACCACAUCUGGGUUUGUCUCUCAAGCUGGAGAAGGACCGAGUGAACAUGCGAGGCCAAAUAAUCUGAGAACGGCCUUCCAGAAACCUCAACUUUAUGGAUCACCAUCUUGGUGGGGUGAGGAGUCGAGCCCUGAGGGCAAUAAACAAGAUGAACGGACUCCAACCAGAGCGUAGGUACAAUCAGAAUAUAUUGAUGUGGAUUUAGAUCCAAUUCGAGACAAAACUCUCGGUCCGAUGAGAAACUGCAGAGUCCCACAACUUCCACGCAUUCAGAAGUCAAGGCCUCACAGAAGACGGAGUCAGUGGCCGCACCGUGCUCCCAAGAGGCGGACCCCAAACCCGUGAUGAAGUCGAUCAGGAUGGACAUUGACCUGAGUCGUCCGUUUUCUCCCGAAGAGAAGGAGAAGAUCAAUGUUAAGGGUAAGUUGGAGACCUUGCCUUUAAUAAUAUAUGAUAUGACUGUACAAAAUUUGGCAUAUGACAAUCCUAAUUCUAUCCCAAUUCGUGCUAUUUCCAGCAGCUGCCGCAGUCCAAUCGACGGCCUUUACCGUCAAUUUUGAUGACUCAAACGAGAAACCAAAACGUCCCAAACCUCCAGUUUUAUCGUCGCAAGAACAACAGAAAAGGCAAUUCCGCCGCUCUAUACCGCCAUCCAAGCCAUCACUGCCAGCAGCCGCAGGCAAUGACACAAAACAUUAUCUGUUCUCAAAGAUGAUCCAAGGAUUUCCUAAGGGCGAGGAAUCGGCGACAACCGCGAUGAUGGCAUUGAGCAUCAAGAGUGAGACCGAUACCCUCAGUGAGGCUGGGACUUAUGUCAUUGGUAAGAGUAAUACCAAGUAUAUAACAUGAAUUCUUAGAAAACAAAGACACCAAGGCUAAUCGUCGUCAAAGAAAGUACUCCAGCUCCUCCUCCAGCUCCGCCGAUUCCACGGAAACCGACGGUUCGUCCAGUAGGCCCACGUAUUCUCAGCCCUCCUCUACUCGAAUGUAUACCCCGAGAACAGAGACAGCCACAUCAUCGACAGUGUCUUCGGGAAGAUCUUCCGAUCAUCAGAAACCAUCGCAACCGUUCCCCAUGAAACGGCAUUUGAUGAAAGAUUUGAGGGAUCUGAGGACUCAAAAUCAGCAAAGCCAGCAGCCCCCCUCCCCGAGGACUUCCCUGCCAGCACCGAAAGUCCGCUCAAUGGUGGAUCAGUCCAAGAAUUCGCGAUUGAAUCCCCCAUCUCCAGUCAAGGUUUGCCAACAACAACAGACAACAUCGCGCGCUGGGAUCUCCAAUAGCAGUGCUGGUUUUCGGUACGUUGAAGAGAGAUUAUGGAGCAGUAAUCAAUAUUAGAAGUAGGGCAGGAAAAGUUUUGCUUACUUUGAUCUAAUCGACUAAUUAGGUUAGGCCAUUAAUCCUGGCUUCAGAGUGCCUUUUACGACAUUUCUUGUAAACUUGUACUACUUUUUUCUAAUCACUGAUUUUCUUUUUCACAGAUCUGCGAGAUGUCACAGCGAAACGUGAGCGACUUACUUCUUUUACUGGGUUUGACAGUUGUGAUUGUAGUCGUAGUCGUAUCUUAGUUGUGAUAACAAUGUUUAUGUUUGAUAUAUAACACUUCACCACAUAUACACCGGGCACUCUUCCGUUGUAUUUUUUUAUAUUAGACAUGAUCAUCUGGUUGUUUUGUGGCGUAACUUUGGUUGUAAAUGUAUUGAGUUGUCCGUUAUGAGUGCAUAUUGUAAUUCAAUGUGUUUUAGCCGCAAUGAUGGUGGCCGUUUCUCCAUGAGAUCAGGAGUUCAGCAGCCAACUCUGGGUGGAAUGAGACCCGCUACUUCCCAAACCAUGCAUCAGAAACCUCCAUUUAAGGCUGGCGUGGCUCCUGUGAAGAAAGUGAGACCCCUUUCAGUCAUUUUACUCCUGUCUACAAUUUUUUACUCCUAUUUUUAACAGUUAAUAUCUCUAAUAUUACUUUAGACUUCCAAGGAUUCCCCUGAAAUGGUCGCCUGGCUUCGUCGCAAAGAAUAUGAUCCCCGAAAAUCAGCCGCUGAAGCCAAGAAGAUGCAACAAUUAAGACAGCGGUAAGAAAAGAGAUCCAUUACUAACAUCUUAACAGUUUGUUACACUUAUCCACUGGCGGUCAUGCCUCAAGAAGGGAUCAGUUAAGACGGGAAGAGUAAGAUAGAUGUAGUAAAAUGGCUAUUGUAUCGUGGUCUUAGUUUCUACUCUUGUUAGUUGUAAAAAUAAGUUGUAAGGACGAUGCAUGUCAUCGCGAGGACUGUAGUUUUGUGAGUUGAUUUGGGCCUUUGUCGGUUUCUUUGGCUGCGGUGAACUUGCUGUAGUUGUUUAUUUGAGGGUGAAAUGCCUAUUGUAAUGUUGUUUUCAGUAGCGACAACUUCUUUUCCAACCGUUCCUUGUCCUGUAAUCAGCCAACUGCCGGUGGAUUUCGUCGAUUGGUUCGGCCGUUCGGCGAUGAACGCUCAAAUAAAUCUCAUGAUGAUUUGAGUCAUGUUGGAGAGGAGCCUGAUGAUUUCAGUCUCUCCGGAUCUAAUGUAAGUCACCUGCUCUGCUCAUAAUUCGUCUUGUUUCAGUCCAACUUGGUCAGAACCGUUGAUGAAUUGACUCAGAAAUGCCAACGAAGUAUGCAAUUGUUGAAAUUAUGCAAUCCCAAGGCUCUGACUCCUUCGGUUGAACAUUUGCUUGACGAAAUGGUGGAAGAACAGGGAUCGGUUGAUGGAAUAAGCGCUGUUGAUCGACUGAAUCGCCUAAGUGAGGCGUUUGGAGCCAUUCAAAAAUGUCUGGAGCUCCAACAAAACGAGAAAUCUGGAAGCCAGAGUCCCGCUAGGGAUACCGUAUUCACAGAGGCCCUACGGUAAGCAGAUUUAAUCAUGCCUUUAUAAAGAAGAUUUCAGCAAUCAAAAAAAGUUUUUUUUAGUCAACGACUGGCCUCGCCAACUCAUAUGGAUCAGUCCAGUUCGAAUUCGGAAGCCCAAUCUCCCGAUUCCUUUAGACCAGUCGCAUUUUCAUCCAAUUAA